AUGGAAGAAGCUCCUCGCCAUCCGAUCCUCAACUAUGGUUUCCUGUCGAUGCGGGAGCACGUUGAAGACGUCAUUAUCUCCAACGUCCUCAUGGGCGCCCUCCUGGCCCUUGGCCUGUGGAGCCACCGCCGUCGAAAGCACGACCCACUGAAGAUGGUCGAUAAGAAGCAGGCGCUUUCGGUCGUCGAGUGGGCGCUUGUCGCCACACUCAGCCUCUCCUUCUUCCUCAAUCUCUUCUACAAGGCUGGCUUGGGUUGGGUGCACUUGGCUUCCAUGCUGUUCCCUUGCCAUGUACUGUCCCUGAGCUACGUCUACAUCUUGUGCUCGCACAGCACCAAGAGAGCCACUUACAUUUUCAACUUCAUCGUGUUCUACACCCACAACACAGCGCUGGCGCUGCUCUUCCCUGACAUGGAGAACGUCAAGUUCUUCCUCCAGCGCGAAGUGUUCUGGAUCCAGCACGUCAAGAAGCACGGGGUCGAUUUCCUGAUGAAGGCGAUCGCGGUGAUGUUCCUCUUCCACAUCAACCUCCACCUCAUCCCCGGCCUCUUCACCGGCAUCAACCUCUCCUACCUCCUCUGGCCUCCGAAUGCCGCCACUUUCUGGCAGGGCCGCUUGUACAAGUACAAGAUGGCUGCCCUCCUCACCUUCUGCGCCUGCAUUGCCGGGUAUCCGGCGCUGUGGGCGGUGCAGUUUGCGCGCGGCUUCUACGACCGUUUGGUGGGAAGCAAGAGCGCCAAGAAGAAGAACAGCGGCAGCAGCAUCAAGGAGAAGAAGGCCAAGAAAGAGCAAGGCACUAAAGCCUCGGGCCAGCAGCCGAAGAAGACCGCGGCCAAGGCGACGAAGAAGAACUAA